CAUAAAGUGUCAUAUUAAAGGCAUUUCCAAAAGAAACUCCACCCUGUUGAUGAAACAUUAUAAAUGCAAAAGGCUCAACACAACAGAAGCAAUGUGGUCAGGACAGCGUCAUACUUGAUGAACAGUCACAGGUUGUGCAGCGAUGUCUUGGUUGGUGGCCUUGUGUCUCUUGCUUGUGCAGAGUGAAGUUCAUGGAUUUAAAAUUAUAGGAAACUCUAUGACUCAUCAAAAGAUCACUGAGAGAGCCAUCUUAAAUGCCACAGUGCGGGUUUGCCGCACUCUGGCCGUGGCUGAUGGAAAGGGAUUCACUUCUCCUCCUCAGCCUUUUACUCCCGAGUCAGUUGCUGCUGCAUGUGAAGCACGGAAAUCCUCCAAGAGCUUCCGUAAAACCAUCAAGCGGAUCCAAAAAAAAAACUGGUUAACAGACAUCUUUAAAGUCUUUGACCCAAAGUCUCACUGCGAUGAUGAGCAGUUAACAGAAGGACAGAAGAUCAUCACAGAUGGUUUGUCAACUAUUAAAGCUGCCAACCAGGUUCAGAGCUUUACUUCAGCGACGUCAAUCCUGGGAAAAAUACUCCACACUUUACAGGAUUUCUACAGUCACAGUAACUGGGUGGAACUGAGGAACCAAGUCCCAAACUCCAAUCUUAUCAAACCAAAGGCCAAUAUUGGAAAAAUAGCAGAUAAAACCAGAGCAACCUGCCGAAACUGUGAUGGAGACGACUGCACAAACAACAUUUUGGAGGGUAUCCUCGAGGAAAAGAUACUUACUUCUGGAUACUUUUCAAUUUUACCCUUUAAACCUGCAGGUAAAUGCAGCCACGGUAACUUCCCUGAUACAACAAGUUUAUUUGAGCCUAAAGGUGGGAUUAACAAAGAUACACCAACUUCCAGCCACGGCCAUCUCCACUUUGAAGCUGUAAAUCUGGCAAUAGCUGCAACCAGUGAGCUCCUGGAGGAUGUUCGAGGGGCUGCUGGGGACAAACAGUUCCUUCAGAUGAUGGGAAUCUCAAAGGGUACAGCCCUUUGUUUUGUGAUUGACACAACAGGAAGCAUGAGCGAUGAUAUUGCAGCCGUGAGAACUGUCACGGCCUCUAUAAUCGACAGUAAAGUGGGAACAGAGGAUGAGCCCUCAUCUUAUAUUCUUGUACCUUUCAAUGAUCCAGAUUUUGGGCCACUGACAAGGACCACAGACCCUGAACUUUUUAAGAAGAGCAUCAACUCACUUCCAGCAACCGGUGGUGGAGAUUUUCCAGAAAUGAGUCUUUCAGCUCUUCAGCUGGCUUUAACUGGCACUCCCUCCAAUUCUGAGAUCUUUGUUUUCACGGAUGCGACUGCUAAAGACGGGCACCUGAGGAAUCCGGUGAUAGCACUCAUAGAGCAGAGCAAGUCAGUGGUGAACUUCAUGAUUACUGGCAUACUAGGGUCUCGUCGUCGAAGACAAGCUAGUAAUGAUCCACAGCAGCAACAUAGCCAUCGGAUGGUGAGAUCGGAUGUUCAGCUGUACAGAGACCUUUCUCAGGCUUCAGGGGGCCAGGCUAUUGAAGUCUCUAAAGAUAAGCUUCUCGAGGCCAUCAGCAUCAUUACACAAUCCACCAGCUCCGCCCAGGUGACCCUUCUCCAAGCAGCCAGGAGCACCGGAAAGGCUGAAAAUUUCACAUUCACAGUUGAUGAGUCAGUAAAAAACCUGACGAUAUACAUUACUGGGAUUUCUGUCGAUUUUACACUCAUCAAUCCCUCAGGUGUGAUUCAAAGCACCACUAAUACAACAGGAUCAUCGAUCAUCACGGUGAAAUCAGUGGGAAACUUCCACAGCCUGCAGCUUCAAACAGAAGUGGGAAUGUGGGAAAUAAGAAUGGACUCAACAAAUCCCUACACUCUGAAGGUUAUAGGUGAAAGUCUCAUUGACUUCCUGUUUGACUUUGUGAAAAUGUCGCAGGGACCGUUUGAAGGCUUUGUUCUUGAAGAGAAUCGUCCCUCAGCUGGUGUCAAUGGUACUUUGAUGGUGACACUAAUUGGAGGGGACUCUGCCACAGUCACAGAGGUCACUCUGGUUGAAUCGUCAGGCUCAGGGCAGAUUAAUGGCAGCGUGGAGUCUCAGGGGGGAGGAGAAUUCUUCGCCCGCUUUGACGAGAUCCCGUCAUUUGAGUUUGUGGUACUGGUGAAAGGGCAGAAGAACAGCAGCAUCACCAGAGCAUCUCCUGAGAUCUUCCAAAGACAAUCACCCACCAGACUAAGAGCUUCCACCCUCAGUGUUUCCUCUACGGAUUCAGACAGUGUCCUGGAGCCAGGAUCACCUUUUCAAGUUCACUUCUCUGUGAUGACAAGCGGAACAGGGGGAAACUUCACCAUCCAAGCUACCAAUGACCAAACCUUUCCUUUGAGUUUUUCAUCAGUUUUAUUCCUGGAUAACGGAGGCAGUGCUAAUGGUACCAUGAACAUCACAGCUCCUCUCAGCACCAGGUCAGGUACUGGUGUCACCCUCACCAUUGAGGCCACGUCUCCAGCGGGCACAGACUCAAACUAUGAAGUGCUGCGUUUCACCGUCCUGAAACCGGUAACUGACUUCCUUCAGCCAGAGUGUCAGCUGCUCAGCCUGCAGUCCAACUGCUCUGAAACCUGCAGCCAGUCGAUGUGGGAGCUCUCUGUUCUGGUGAGCGAUGGGUCUAACGGGACUGGGAUCGACAGUGUCCGGCUCCGAGAAGGCAAUGGCACCCUGAACACCAGCAUGACAGCUGACAACAACACGCUGGUGAACUAUACCUCAUCCUGCUGCUCUCCAGAUGUACAGUUGGUGACUGUGGAUCGGGUGGGUAAUGUGGAAAGCUGUAGUUACUCUGUCCGUACAACGACCACGCAAGAUGUGACUACUAACAGUCCACAAGAUGGGAUUACUAACAGUCCACAAGAUGCAACACCAGCGGCAGCAUCUUCAUCAACCAGAGCUGUUCAGUCUUCCUUUCUUUGUCUCGGCAUCGCUGUCCUAGUGCUGACUUUAAUGUCUGAGACAGAAAUCAUCUAA